AUGGAUGUUAAUAAUUUGUUGAACAAUAUUAAAAAUGUUAACGAUUAUAUUUGUGUGACCCAAGAUAUUUCUACAAAUUUGAAAAACAUGAAAUCAAAACUCAAUAUCACUACAGUGACUAAUUUGAAAAGAAUACGUCUUUUAGAAAUCGAGUACUUCAUGGUUUAUAACGGUAACGGAGCUGCAAUUAUUGUAAUAGAAGAUUUAAUGAAAUUGCCGUCAUCAAAAACAUGGAGUCUUCUUAAAAGGGACCUUGUUGCAUUGAUUUUUUAUUGGCUAGAUGUUUUACGAAAACAUUUGAUUGAAAUUAGCAGACACUGGCGGCCAUUUUUAAACCGUCUUCUAAAAUUGAUUAAGGCAUUAAAUCAGAAAGAUGCAACAUUUCCGGAACUGAUUGUGGAGGCGUUAGCGGAGCCUCUUCUAGGCCUGGCCACCAGCGACUUCAUCGAUGUACUACAGACGCAGGAGAUACUGCACACUUUGAACUCAUGCUGUGUGGCGUGCAGCAGAGAAGUGCGGAUUAAAUUGCGGCAUAAAGUCGACUGCUAUUUCCCCAAAUUGUCUUCUCGCAUGGCUGCGUGUGGUCAUCUACCAACCCAGUACAGCAUGCUGGAGACACUGCUCCGCUGGUUGUUACCGCGGGAUAAUAUGACUGUGAAGCUUGCGGCCGCCGCCGAUUGGUUCCCGAAGGAUACCUAUCAAAAAGCCACAGUGGAUUUGUUCUUGCAGAGACCUUGGCAGAACUUUUUUCAGGACGCACGAGAUUUUCUGAACUCGCACAAUGUGACUGGUGAUCGAGUAACUUCGGUCGUAUGUCGGAAAAUGUCUGUAGGUGAACAAGUCGUAGUAUCCGGAGAUGACAAACGCGAUACUUGGUUAGAUGUCAACGCUGCCACCAAAAGCAUUUCCCUUCUAAUGGAUUUACGCAUGAUGGAAGCACUGGGUCGUUUUGAACAACCCAUGUGCGAGACGUUGAUUAUUUUUGAGGAUGAAGUGGAAAGUGUCAUCAUUUUCAAGCAGUCAAUAGAAGUGACAAUAUCAAUAAGGAUGGUCAACCCUCCGAGUAUACACCCGUCAGAGGUAGCUCUAAACGGGCAGGAUGUGAAGAUUGUGAUGAAAUCCGACAGCGACCUAAGAAGAUUCAAUAAAGCACUGCAAUACGUGUUUGCAAGAAAAUAUGAAAUGUUGAUUGACAUAGCGUCGAUGCAGUCAGCCCCACGGCGCAACCGUGACAAGUCGCCUGUAGUCAUCGAUAAUUCUGUGGAGGAGGCUGCGGUACUGUCCCAAACAGCUAAAGUUAAAAGGCGCAGACAUUCAGGCGUUAUAGUGAGACACAGGCCGUGUAAGUCACCAUCGACGGUAUCUACCACAUCGCUUCUACAGCUUCGCGAGAAACUAUCUCACUUGCCCACCUAUAGAUAUGAGAACGAGCUUUUCAAAGUAAGCGCUUUCCCUGAACUGUCCAGUGUCAGUGAAUUAACCGAAGACGGGGAAAGUUUUUCUAGCACAAAAAAAUAUCGCCCUUGUGGCAUAGGUCAUAAGAGUUAUCGUAAUUUAGAGAAGAACUCGCAAAGUGACGGAGAGCGAAAUAAUUCAAGAAAAUGUGUAUCUCCUUUACCAGAUGAUGAACAUUCAGUAAGUUGCUUAUUAGUAGCCACUAUAGGGACUGAUGAAGGUGUCAUCAAUGACACCGUUGAACGAUUAUCGAAAAGAAAAGAUUAUAAAGACAAUAAUAUUGUAGAUUUACUUGUUCAAGAGGCUUUGCAAAUUAAUAACGUAAUAUUAGAUAGUGGUAUAAAUACAAACGACAAUAGAAAAACACAAAAUGAACAAGAUGCUAUAAAAAAUGUCGAUGCAAUAGAAAAUACUCCUGAAUUUACAGAAAAUGUAUCUGUAUUCGAUAAAAAUAAUGAUAAACAACUUAUAAUAUUAUCGCCUACUGACGAUUCGAAUGAAAUACAAGAGACGCCAUUAAAUUACGUAAGUACGAGACGAAAAAAACCAUUGACUAGUAAUUAUAACAAAAAUGAGCAUGUAGGAAGUACUGAAAAUGGAAAAGAAAUGCAAAUUAUUGACGAAGAAGCAGUUGAUGAAUUCUUUGCGAAACAUAUGAAAGAGAGAGAUGGGAAUAUUCUAGUAAGUCCUACGCUAGCUAGAAAAAUUAAUGAAACUAGUUCAGAAGGUAGCAAUGAUGCUUUAAAUGCUGACUAUAUUGUUAAUGAUAAUACUACGAACUUCGUAGUCAAUAGUAUGGAAAUAAUUGAUUGUUUAAAUUGCAUUCUGGAUAAAGUAUGUGAUGAUUUAGAGAAGGGUAUAAUUAACCAGGACAGUGAUGAAUAUGUAUUGAAGUCCAUGAAUUGUAAAUCGGACCGAAAUGAUCCUUUACAUGAUCUAAGUAAUAUAGAAAAAGAAAAUACUGUUACACCUAAGAAAACAGGAUCGAAGUCGAAGACAAAUAUUAAACUUACUUUUGGUACUAAAAGAGAUAAGAUAAGUAAUGUACGAGCGAUAAAGAAUGGAAUGAAAAUAAAUUGUGCUAAAAAAAUGUCUCCUAUUCCAGAAAUAAAAGAUAUAGCAGAGGUACAAGUACUCGAAGAAAGAAUAGAUAUCCCAAUGUCUGAAAUUGUGACAAGACUAACUCCACCCAGAGCUAGCGACUUUGAUAUGCCAUUGAUACGUAGAAAACGUAAGCUUUAUUCUCCUAAAGAAGAAGAAACUGAUAUAGAAAAGCCAAAAAGUCAAAUAGAACAACCACUAACACACAUUUUAGACAGCAAAGCUAAAAACAAUACUAAAACUAGAAAUUUAAAUAAAAAUAAAACAAGCUUUAUGUCUGCUUGCUAUAAGGAAAUCGAAAAUGAGCGAAAAAAAAGUAUUCGCCAGACUUUUUUGAGGAAAUGCAGAUCCAAGAAAGUACGAACACCUUCUCCUAAAACCCAAAAAAUGAAUGCACUUUUUGAUAAACUAAAAAAAGACGUGAAUAAUGAAGACAUAAUUAUAGCGGAUGAAAAAUUUAUUGAUAGAGAUUUUGCAGUAUACAAUUUCACAAGUGAUAGUGAAGAUGAGAAUUUCAUAAAGAAAAAAACUGACUUAAAAAAGCGUGUUAGUUCAACUACAAUUGCAAGCGAUUCUACGGUAUCUCGCCAUGGAAAGUUAACGAACUCUUCUAGUGGUGCUAUAAAAAAAUCUAAGAAAUUAGAAAAGAAAAUAGUCAAACGUAAAAUAGAUCGGAAAGCUUGCGAUUUAGCUGACGAAAAAAUGAGAGAAGCUGGUGUUGAAACUCUCGAUACGUCGUUUGUAUUAGACAAAUCCCUUAAAGUUAGUAAAGAGCCAGAAUUUCUAAUAAAAGUUGCUCCUCAGAUGGAAGUAAUAACUGAUGAUGAAGUUACUAAACCUAGUAAAACUUUACCACCGAGGAAAGUAAAAAAAAGCAAGAAAUGUGACAUGUCAUUAAAAAACGAAAAUUAUGCAAAGAAAUCUAAUGCAGAACAAACCACUUUAAUAACUAGUGACGACAGAACUUCCAGCCCACUGCCAGGAUUGGUAGUUGAAACAGUGGCAGCUCAUAAGGGUGACGCUGAUGAUUCGGUAACUACACAAAUGAUUACGAAAUUUAAGAAAAUAUAUGAAGAAGGUCCAGAAUGUCUCGUAAGGGAUGAGACAAAUACAACUCAGAACUUAUUGGAUGCAGAAAAUACAAGUUACAACCCUUGUCUAAAUAUUACGGAUGAUUUAAUUGAGAUCGACUUCACUUCUACUUUGAAUGUUAAAUCUAUACCAAUUAAUAAUAUAAAUGAAAAAGUAUCAUACACCGAUCCGAAAAACGUCAAUAACGAAAUGAAAGAAAAGAAAACAUUCAGCUCAAGUAUAAAAACAAAUCGAGACGUAAUUAACCCAAAAAAAUUACAGCCUAAACUAAAAAUAAUAAAAACAGUAGAAUACAGGAAUUGUGUUGAAAUAGAGAGUAAUGCUGAUGCAAAGUCGGAAAAAUCUAUUGCGACAAUAGGAAAUAAUCCCAUAACAGGACAUGGUGAUUCUGACGAAGCUCCUCCUAAUGCAGAAGAACUAACACGAAACGUAGACUCUAGAAAUUUAGAAUUAGAAGACUUGGAUCAAUCCAUGAAAGAAUAUUAUCUUGAGCUGCGUAAUGAGUUAUCUGCAUCGGCUUAUAAUGAUUCUAGACGAUCUGAGUCAAAAGGAACUCAGGCUGCGAUUACAAUCAAUGACUGUAAAAAGUCGGAAACUAAUAAAUCUCCAGUAGUGUCCGUGAAACGAUUGUCAUUGGAUGACAUAUCUAAAUGGUUGCCUUCGCGGAGAAAUUCUUCAGAAACUUCCAUCUCUACGUAUAAAGUUCCAUCUCCUGCUAAAAAACCGCUUCCAACCAAAUUAAAAGUGUUUAAAUCUACUCAUUCAAUUUUACAUGAGCGACUAACUAAAUCAAAAACACAGAUUGAAAAGACUGUGGAUAUUGAUGAUAAAAUAGAAACUAGUACGAAGUCUCCAGCGUCCGUGAAACGACUAUCUCCAACAAAAUCGAAAACUGAAAUUAAUUUAGAUAAGUCAAUUUCAUCAGUAGAAUGCAAUAAAAUAAAUAAUAUAACAGAGAAUAAAUAUAGAUCUAUUAUAUCGCCUAUAAGACUUUUCGACGAAUGGAAAAAUGAUAAAUUUCUGGCAAACAGUCAUUCAAAAAUUGUAACAGUUGAUAUACAUAAUGCUCCGUCUUCCUUCGAGGUUGUACCGGGCAAUGAAUCUAAUUCUUCUGUAAAUUCCAUUUCUACAUAUAAACUCGCACCUACUUGUAAACCUACACUUGCAAUAAAACCGAAGGCAUCUAAAUCUAAGCGUUUAAAGUUACAAGAACGCAAGAUUACGUCAAAAACUGGAAAAGCUUUCGUUACUGAUGAUGAAUCACUGACUAGUACAAACUCUCCAGUAGUAUCUGUGAAACGAUUGUCUUAUGAUGACAUUUGUAAAUGGUUGCCAUUGAGAAAUAAUUCAUCAUCAACUAUUUUACAACAAAACACCAUAAAGAAAACAAAGCAACAUGAAAAGGAACCAUCUGACAUUAAUUUAGACAAUUCACUUUCGUCAGAAGAAAGUAACAAAUUGAAAAGUAUUACGGACAAUAAUUAUAGAUCUAUUAUAUCACCUAUAAAAACGUUCGAUGAAUGGAAAAAUGAUAAAUCAUUAACAAAUACACAAUCAAAACUUGAAAUUAAACAGUCAAAUGCGUUAAAAGACGAAAAAAGAUAUAAUCUAAGGAAAGCCAAAGGUCGUGAUAAAAAUUAUAAACCUGUAAUUUCGAGUAAAGAUUCUAAAAUUAGUACAUCGACAAAAGCCGAUAUUAUUAAUGGAUCAGAUACAAAUGUUUUAAAAAGAAAACCGAACAGUUCAGUAAGCGAUAAUUCAAAGAAAAGAAGAAUUGAAACAUCUGUUUUGUCAGAAUGUCCAACUGUUUCGAGUGUCAAUGACUGGCUUACGAGUAAUGCUCUCACUAACACAGCUGACAGUACAUCUCUAUCAUGUAUAGAUAGCAUUCAGACUGUAAUGGAAAAGCUCGACACAACAUUGCAAGAAAUACAUCAGAGCACAAGCAAGAAGUUCGUCCAUAUGUUUGUCGAAGUUCAAAAACAGAUGUGUGAAGAGAAAGUUAAAAGAGAAGAGCUUUAUAAAGGAUAUAUGCUAACGUUGGAAAUGAUCAAGAACAUCAUUGACUCGCUUGCAGACAUGAAGAAAAGGCUGCAAGACAUACAAGAAAAUGAUGACAUGUUCGUGGACCAACUGAAGCAACGUGCCGCCAACUUGAUACGGGAAGACUGCAAACAGAAAAGAAUUAUGGUCACGUUAUUAAGAGAAGACUUACAAGCACUUAUGAACCAAAUGAAAAAGUAAAUAUAGUACGUACUUUAUCGUUUCUAAUAACUGUUAACCCGGCCUCACAUUAUUAGGUUCAUGAGUCCAAAGAUAGCUUGAUAGAUUCAAAUAGGUACCUUGUAGCCUUUAAUAACAGUUAACUCGGCCUCACAUUAUUAUUUUCACGUGCCCAAAAACGGCGGGGCGUAGUUUCAUAACAAUUAACCCGAUCUUCCUUUACUAGGUUCAAAUGUCCAAAGAGAACGGGGCGUAGGUUCAAAUGUGCCAAUAUAACGUUAGUCACAUCAGAAGGAAAAUCGAAAUG